UACACCAGCUGAUGGCCGAUCCUUCUUGGAGGCUGAAAACUUGUUUGAGUUUCAACUUUGGCAGCUCUGGCUUGAGGGAUUUCAGGUAGGAGAACACACGGACCGGGAUCUCACGGUUUCUGGACAUUGCAACAAGUCUGGAGUGUGUAGAGAGGCGCGUGUUAGACAGCGAUCAUCACUCAGCUAACUGUUUAAAGAUGCUCAACGACAUUAAACUAGAGGAUCGUCUGCGGACCGAUUCGGGCUUUCUGGAUGUCUUGAUCGGCGGUGACUCUCUCCAGCAGGCCGUGUGUGAGGGCUGCACGCGGAUCAUCUCAGAUCGCUUCCUGAUGCGGGUCAACGAGGCGUCCUGGCACGAAGAGUGCCUGCAGUGUGCCGCGUGCCAGCAGCCGCUGACCGCCACCUGCUACUUAAGAGACACAAGAGUGUACUGCAAGGCCGACUACCAGCAGUUGUUUGCCACCAAGUGCACCAUGUGUCUGGAGAAGAUAGCACCCACAGAGUUUGUAAUGCGAGCUCUGCAGAGUGUUUACCAUCUCAGCUGCUUCUGCUGCUGCAUCUGCAAACGCCAGCUUUGCAAAGGAGACAAGUUUGUUCUGAAAGAAGGUCAGCUGCUGUGCAAGAGUGACUAUGAGAGGGAGAGGGACCUGCUCAGCACAGUCAGUCCAGACAACUCAGAGUCAGGUAAGAGUGAGGAUGAGGAUCUGGAUGUGAAGUCAGAGAAGUGCCCUGCAGCAGGGAAAGGCAGCAAUGACAGCAAGGACCCUCACCGACCCAAACGACCACGCACCAUCCUCACCACCCAGCAGAGGAGAGCUUUUAAGGCCUCCUUUGAGGUCUCCUCCAAACCCUGCAGAAAGAUAAAGAAGUUAGCCCGCAGACAACAGCAACAGCAAGAGCAACACAAAAGGCAAAGGCUAAGCCAAGAGAUGAUAUCAGGUUGUAUGGAGGGUCUGCUCAGCUCCUGCCCAGGGCAUUUACCUCCAAACCAACAGCAGCACUUGGUGACCAUGGAACACAAGGGCUACAACACUGACCCCUUCCAGCAGGGCCUCACCCCACCACAGAUGCCUGGUGACCACAUGAACCCCUACAGCACUGACUCCAUCUUCCACAACACUGACAGAGACACCUCUCUGACAAGUCUUAGUGACUGCUUCAUGAACACUCCAGAUGUAGGCAACCUGAAGGCUCAGGCAGGGAACCCUAUUGACUGCCUGUACUCCAUGCAGACUUCCUACUUUGCCUCUACAGACACCAUCACCACUGUUGGUACCACCCAACCCACCACACCACAUCCCAGGUCAUGAACAGUGAGUGCAUAACAGUGCACACACAAGACACAUAUGUUACAGAAUUGUCCUGCAAGAAAUGAAUCAAUAAGCAGGUAAAUGUGACCGCAGGACAGAAUCCACCAAAUUGCCUGACUGACCUCCACCAGCCAAAGAAAAGAGAAAACUUGAAAGUCAAACUGUACAUGCCACCUGCCGUCU